AACGUGCGCGUUGCCGACAUCCACUCGCGACCGUUAGCUGGGGCCGGGCGACUGCGGUGGUACCGAAGAGGAGCAAAAACCUGACCGACCGUGCCGGGUGAUGAGAAAAGCCACAGUAUCACUUCAGAAUUAGGGUUUCUUAUCCUAAGCCUGGACUUGUAAAAGGGAUACGAGAAUGAAAAUUCGACCAACGGUAAGUUCGCAGUGUAUCCAUAUGGUCGUAUUUUUGUUUUGGUACUUGUGGAGACGGAUCGCCUGCAGUGUCUGCGCUCUCCCGUCCCGAUCUCAAAAUGGCGGAGAGGCCGAAAGCUAAGCUAAGUGGCAAAGUUGGCAUCCACGGGAGAAGCGGUCCUCUGGCUGGGCGUUGUAAUGGCGGGGCAGCGAAGUAAAUCGGUAGUGCUUAGAGUGGCUGUUGUCAUUAAAACAAUUAUGCGUUUCUCGGUCGUGUCGGGAUUCUUUGAAGACACUUGUUGUGAAGCUAGCUCAGUACACGGCUAACGUUAGCCUCGUCUAUUUAUGGAAGUUGUGUGUGGAUGAGCUAACGUGGUCUACCAGCCCGGCCAGGCUAACCUCAGUGCUGCCAGCCUCCUGACGUGUUUACCGAUGUUAUUUGAAGGUCCUUAAACGGGAUGAUUCAUUUUAGCAUUAAAGUGGAACUUAUUAAGGGUUAAAAUUAGCAUUUUAUUCACAUAAAGCAGUUAAAUCAGUGUAGUCGUGUGCUGUGAAAUAUUGGCUAAUAUCCCUAAAUUCAAACUUGGGGAACCUCUAACAUCCGCCAUUCAAGUAACUGAUGCUGCUCCUUAAUUUUUCAUCAUGUCGCCUGGCUGUAUGACCACAAAGCUCUGAUUAUUUAUACUGGUUUAGUGACUCUGUUAUAAAACAUAUAUCCAGUCUGCCCUCGCUGACAGCUCCACUGAACAUCUGCGUUAUCAUGCUAAGCUAACGUUAGCUGGGAAGGGCGUUGCUGAGCCAUUGCUGCAACUUUGCCCUUGUGGCCAUUCGGGUUUGGAAAGACGUCACCCUAGCAGGUUUUAAACUGGGACCCUUUUUUAAAAAAAAAAAUUAAAAAAAUUGUAAAGCAGCUUUUGACUGGUUUUGGUUGGUAUCGUGCACGGCGCAAGAUUCCCCCACAGCUUCUCAACGGAGGUCUGAUGAAUCACAAUCAGGGUGGAGACCUAGAUAGCACCAAUACGAAUUUCUGAUGGUGAUGAUGAGGAGCCAGGCUAUGCAGAGCCGAUAGACUUAGCCUCUCUAAAGAUGCAAAAACUGUGCUCUCUUCUGAAUUUUACAUGCUAGUUGAAUCUCUUGUUUUUUGUUAAAAGCUGAAAAUUAUGUCUGUACAAUUUGUUAUAAGCCUUGCUGGUGCCCCAUUUUACAAAACAUCUCAACGCAAGGUGAUGUUUUUGACAGGGACCUCAGCUUUUUUGCCUUUUUAAAUCUGCUUUUCACUUUGUCUUUUAUUGCACUUAUUGGAAAAACUAAUCAAAGACUCAAGUUGUCAAAUAUUCUUGUAUUUUUGUCACAGUAGUACCCAUAAUUUGUUUCUGUCUCUCCAAAUCUAAUUCUCAACUGUUUCGUAUAUGUGAGAUAACUAUUAAGCAACUUUUGAACUCAUUGCUUUUGUUGUUGUGAUAGAUGCGCUGGACCUGCCAUAAAGUGACAUCACUGAUAAAUGAAAUGCAAAGUUUUGUUUGUCAGCUGGUUUAAGCGGGAAGAUGAUUUGCCCCCAUGUUUGAUUAGUAUUUAAACAUUGCCUUCGCAGCAGAGGGCUUGUUUGACCUGAAGGUCAGUCAUAGGGAGGGGCGUAGUACAGGAGCUUGACAUAAACAGGGCAUGAUAUCUACAAUGAUGAUGUGCAACCAGAAGUUAUGCCUGUUCCCUGUUUCAGUGACUUCUUGUUCGAUUUAGUUUUGUCCAAUCAAGAUACAGUAAUAUCUUAUUUGUUCAUUAUUACAGUAGAAGUAUUUGGAAAAUGAAAGAAAAGAAUUAAACAAGUGAAAAAAAUUUAAACAUUAGGCUUUUCAUCAAAGCUGUUUCAAACCGAAGAAUUUAAUUUUAGAGAGAGUAAUGAUAUGUGUACCUGUUUCUCAAACUGGGGAGGAGUUUUAUCACAGGACUUGGCAGUUUGUUUUUUAGUUUUGUGACAUUUAGCCAAACUGGCCUGAUAGAAAUGAAAUAUAACAUUCAUAACUAGGGCCUGACUGAUAUGGAUUUUUUGGGGCCAGGGCCGAUACUGAUGAUUAGGAGGGACAAAUAUCUGAUUACCAAUUACUCCUCUGAUUUUUAAAUUUUUUUAUGAAGUUAAAUUUUGUUAAAAUAAGUAUUAUAUCUACAUAUUUACUUUUUUUUUUUUAAACAAAUGGCUGCUUUUGAGCCUUCAAACACUUGUUCAAAGAAUUAAAGGCAGAAAACUCAUUUCAAAUCCUUUUUAUAUCUUAAACAACUGAAAAAGAAUGAGGGAUUUCCUGUAAAGUGCAAACAGUUAAGUUAACUUCCAACUCAAAAUGAGCAACACUCGAUAUACUGUAGGCUACUGCUCUUCACGCCGACAGGAAGACCGACUGAUCAGCUCAGUAAUAUUUAUUUAUCAUGAAUCAAACUCAGACCAGAAAAGUGUUUUCAACUUUCAAAAGACCAGAAACGAUUCAUGAUAAAUAAAUAUUACUGAGAUGAUCAGUCAGUCUUCCUGUCGGCUCGCUGAUUAAUCGAUCGGGCCCUAUUCAUGACUGUGUUUUAUUUAGUAUAAUCACAUAAAUGUAAAAAUCUUUUGUUUACUUGAACAAACAUUUUGUGUCUACUUAGGAGUGGGUCCCUCUCCACAGAUGUCGCUAUAUUGUACUGCAAUGUUUCUAUGGUAGCAUGAAACAAGCAAACUAUAACAUAUAAGUUUAAGCUAGGAAUACGCUGAUUCAGCAUUUUCAAGUCCACAUACUGAUGCUGAGACUUGGAAUUGUUUGGCAACAUCUUAAUCAAACUGAAACAAAUACUCAUGUUUACUUUGACUUACUAUCUUUAUUUAGUAUCAAAACUAUUAAUGUGUACCAGUACUUAAAUACUUCUCCAAUUGAUUAAGGUAUUAACCUACUCUGUUAUUUUGUACUCUACCAGAACAAGGGACAUCUCUCAUGUCUUCCCAGUACAGCUGACCGUCUUAACUGCUUCAUUUCGGCUUCUGUUUCAUUUUGCCAAGGAACCACCGUCUCUUGAAGCAGGAGCUAAGUGUACAGCAAGCCGCCGUCAUUGUUGUUGGUAAAACAAGCAUGAAAUAUUUCCUAACCGCUGAGGCUCUGAUGUCAGAAACCUCCAUGCCACUCGAGCUCUCUGCCAAGUCAAAUGCAGACUUACUGGCACUGAUGAUGGAGUAUGAGCGCAGGGCUGUUAUAAAUUCAGAAUAGCAAUGAAUUGAAUAGAUCUGGCCUAAGGGGUGACCCAAUAGAUCCACCCUUUAUCACAGAGACCCAGCCAGUUUCCUUUCUGACUGUUUCCUGGUACAAGUACAGACGUUUAAAGAUUUGAUCCCAGAUUUUAGGAAACUGUGAUUAACUGUUUUCAGUCGUUGAGACCAGUUGAUACCGCCUGCUGAAUUUGUUUUAUCACAGCCAACACCACUUAGGUAUUCAGGUUAUAAUGAAAUAUUGCUUGAUAAUUGUUGCCACAGUCAACCAUUAGAUCCACCAGUAAAGACAUUUACAGAGAAUGUUGCAUUUUUUAGACUGAAAACUGUUCAGAGAAGAGAGGUGACAUCUGUUUGUGUGGGACUCGUUUUCAGUGCUUGGAGACUAAAAGAUGAGGCGUGAUUGACAUCACAGAGGUGGUCAAGCAGGCUGAUAGUGGUAAAUGGAGUUGUGCAGUGUUUGUGCAUGUACAGUUAAUACAGCUUGCUCACUGCUGGGCUUAGUGAAAGCUCGAUCAAAACUUCCACCGCCAGAAGAUUUUACUCUGAGCCAGUCAGUAGACUUAAAAGGUAAAUGGUGUUGUAUGUGUGGUAAUGUCCAAAGUCAUGCUGAUUCCAGAGUGAAACAUCUCAGCAGGUGAUGAUGGGAUUGUCUCAUUUGACCACUGUACCAAAAUUGAUGCCCAUGCCUUCUCGUUUUGAAAAUUCAGGCUAAAUAUUGUAUUUUGCUAUUUUAAGGUAAAAAUCACAUUUACAUAUUUUGCCUUUUAUUUAACUAUUAGCAGUUGGUCACAUUUGUUGUGUUAAGUGACUUUUCCUGGCCAGCUCUGUGUGCAGGCUGUUAAUUAGAAAUCAACCACAUUGGGGGGACUGAAUUUUUGUCCCUGUACUAGUGAAACAGCUGUCGAUAUCAGUGUUACCCUGCCAACGAGAUCCCAAAACAGAAAUUGAAGUCGUAGAGUAACGUAUACGUUUAUUUAUUUUUUUUACCAAUCAUUUUUAUCGCCAAUUCUGAUAUUCUGGUCAUGUGCGCUUGCCGCUCAUACCCUGCCAGUUUUGCGAAGGAUGGUUUUGACAACCUGGGGUUCUGGCUUCUUUUUGCCGUGUCGCCAAAAAAACAAUUAAAAAAACUGGUUAUGGAGCACGGAACUGUCCCUGAAUGUUCAACACGUAUCAGAAAAAGCUAGAGGAAACACUGGAUAUCAUUUGAUUUUUACUGGUAUUUCAAUUCAGAAUCCUGGUUUAGUGACAACUGUGGGUGCUACAGUAAUUUCACUUUGUUAACAGCAUCCUUGAUUUAAUGUACUCCUGUGGAUUGUUGUAUUUUUGGUUUUGCAUAGAUCUGCUCACAUGCAUUAUCCCUUUUCCUUCUGGAAUUGGCUCUGUUCUAGGGAUGGGCAUUUCCUGUAAUUCCCAUAUUUGAGUAAUCGAAUUACUUUAUGAAUAAGUGAUCCAGUGCUCUCAUAUAAUACAAUUUUUGCCCCCCUGCAAAAAUUUUUGCGGCGUGCUGCUUAUCUUACGGACAGCUGUAUUCAGUUCAUUCAAUCCUUCAAUGAUUUGUGAUGGUAACGCACAACUCUGUGAUGAGACCUGACCAUGAGUCUGUGGUGACAGACACUCUGUCAACACUUUGUAAAGCAGCCCUCAGUUCUGUUGCAGAGUUGCGGUAACUUGGCCAAGAACAAUGCAUGCGUGAGUAGUGUAAUAUUACAUGAGGAAUGAUAUUUACAAUAACAACAACAACAAGUACUCAAUUACUCAAGUAUUGGUCCCCUUCCCGUAUUCAGGCCCUGCCUUCAAUGAACAAUGAGCAGUGAAGCCAUAAGCUUCACUGCAGGUCUUUCAUGGACAUGCCCAUCCAGAACCUCUUUACAUUUUUAAGUCUUCAAAGUGUAUUCGACUACUUGGCUUUUUCCUCUGCUCUGCACUUUGUUAAUUCGCUAUGUCUCUGUGAAUUGGUUGUAAGAGUUCUUUUGGUUGUGAAGCAAAGUCACAGCUGUUUUGUCUUCCCAAAGACAAAGGCAUCAGAAAAAAAAAACAGCUGGAAGUUUUCAUUUUUUUGGACAAUAACAGCUGUUUGUUCUCACCAUUUCACCGAUGACGUUUCUGUAAACAAAAGCCACGAUGGGCUGGAUUUGCAUUUUCACUGUUAAUAAAACCUGGGGCUGUUCCAUCUGUUAAGACCUUAUACAGAGGCUCAGAACCACAACCUGCUUUUACAGCAGUAAAUGUAACAGUAGCUUAUGUUUGCUAAUGGGGCUAAGUGGGGGGCUAAGUGGGCGCUAAUGCCUCACCUUAGGUGUUUUCUUUAGGUCAUUUUGUGACCACAGAUCAGUGGGGAAAGUGACCCUCAACUCUUCGUUGAAAAGACAACUGGACUUGUUUGGGGUUCUUGAAGGUGUUUCGCCUCCCUUCUAAAAGGCUUCUUCAGAACUGAACUGAUUAUGAUUAUCCUUAAAUUUAUAACACCAUCCAUCCAUUCAACAGUAAAUACACAAUAUGAUGGAGUGAGUUUUGAGAAAUUAUCAUAACAUCCUUCUAUAAUGGCACCAACAAAACUAAGACUCUUAUUAUACUUUUUGCCUCCAGUCUGUGACGGUUGUUCUUAAAAGAUCUGUUGAAAUCAAAACAUCAAAACAGUUGGACAACACUAAUGGGAGAUGAAGUGAAACGCUCUCCCUGAGCUCCUCAUGAAUGAAAAGUGGUGACAUUUGGAGCUUAGUAAGGGAUUUUGAGCUUGUCAAGCUCAAACUUCUCUCUUUACCCCAAAGCUGAGGUGUUGUCCUUCAGACUGACUUUUGUUUAUCCAGCUAAAUUCAUACAAAGCAAUUCUCACAUUCUAGGAGAGGAGGGCACAGUGGGGAGGUGAUUGCAGAGGCCGUAAACAAACAAUCUCUCUUACAUUAUUUCCUUUGAUAAGCCUGACAUGUAGACAGGACCUUGAACCCUUCUUGAUUUAUGACUUGGACUGCAUCCCCAUUGUUCAACAGGAAGCCUAGAUAACUGUCAGGGGUGAGAAUCUUUAUGUCUCACAAUCUGAUUUAAUUCUUGAGGCGAGAUUUGAUUUGAAUUUGAUUCUCUUGUGACAAAUGGGUGUGUAUAUCAGUCUGCUGUGAUUAUUAUAUGACAUUAGAGUGUGUUUGAGUUUGUGCAGCUUCUUUAUUUAGAUUAUUUUAUAUGAUCAUAAUAAUGUUAAGACACAGAGGCAACAACAAGAACAAAGGCGACGUUUGUUUUAUGCAAAAAUUUCAAAAAUGAAGCCUUUUGGGGGUCUUUAGAAUUUUCAGUGACACAAGAUAAGACAUUGUGAAAGCAAAGGGUUCAUGUUGUACAGGAUGAAAAUGAUACUUUCAGAUAUAAUGGUAGACUUAGGCCAGCUGCCUUUGUGUUUACUGGGGACUAAGUUUUAAACAAUCAUUUAAAAUAUUUUAUAUAUUUGGAUUAUUUUUUUACAGUCACAGGAUAAUGGACAACAGUACUUUGACUUGUUAAAGCAAAUGUCGAAGCAAAGGAGGCUGCAUGCUUUGGAGUCAUAUUUAUCUGCUGAACUGUAAGGAUAUGCUUAACGGUGGAGAAAACUCUCUCACUGAUGACAUGUAAGUCCAUGGAAAUGGAACAGGCAAUGGAUCUUGAUUGUAUUUUUCGCUUUAUCCUGAAUUUAUGAACAGUUUUUGUACCUCUUUAUGCUCCUUUUGCGGGUGUUUGAGCUUGUGCAUUGUCAGUUCCUCUGUGUGUUGAACAGUUUGUUUUUUUUCUGCACACUUUGCAUAUGGAGCAGGUCAUGUAAAGCUUCUAUAUACCCAGGAGACUGUAGCGUCCAAAGUGCACCCAAAUACUGGCCUUUAAUGAAAACAGGCCAGCAUUUGGCACCACACACCCUUUUGUUGCAACUGUGAACGAUGGAUGCCAGUGCAGAGUAAACAAUGCCAGCAGCAGAGGAAACUUAGAAAAGUCAUUUUUGGACUUCUAAUAAUUCUGACAUGAAUAAAGUCCCACCCCCAACUCCAAUAACUGUAUAUUUACUUUUCAAUGUGACAACUCAAGGUCUCUUGCAAAACUUAUAAAAAAAUGUAACCAAAAGCAGUCCUCACGGUGUCACCCGCUGCAUUUGUUUACCUCUAACCCUGUUUAAAACGCUGCAGAGAUGCACUGUACUGUAUAGGAGGGGCAGAAGCUCCAGAGAAUGUCUUCGUUAUAUAAUAGUUUCGAGGUAGGUAUAUGUGGUCAAAUGGCUAUUUUUGAACCAUGCUGAGAGUGCUGCUCUGCUAAAAUCACUCACUCUGUCCUGUCAGCUCAGAGCACUCAUCAUGCAGGCAGGAAAAGCAAAGUCCUUCUACACUACAGACACGUCACUAGCUUAAUGUUUUGUUGUUGGCUAUCACGCUGUCACUGAAAAAAGGUUCCCAACUGUUCAUCUAUAGAGUAAAAAUGUAUUCCCCAAAACCUCUGAUCUGAUUGACCUUCAUAUAAUAAGUUGUUUUCAGGAAGUGAUCUUUUUAUUUAUAACAACAGAUGGUUAAUCCAAUAAAUUGAUGAGAAAUAAAGUAUAAGAAAUGAUGGCUUGCUGUUGAGGUCUGUUCUUUGUCUCGGGUUAAUCUUAUUAGCUGCCGACCGUCCUGCCCCUUCUUUACAGCGCUGUGCCAAACUGGUGGUAUCUAUCACCGAGAAACACUUCCACACAUACAGAGACUCUUGGUCGUCUGGUCUGGUGGCUAAGCUGCUUAGUGCUAUUGUGGCCCCAGGUGCCAGUAUUGCUGUAGCUCAGGAAGUGAAUUCUCGAUUUAGCUUCACUAUCCCUGAGUGAUGUGUUUUGAUUUUUCAGCUUGUUGAUGUGUGCUUUUCCAUCAUGACUGCCUCAUGGUCCAAAUAUCCAAAUAUAAACUCUGCAGUUUGGCGAGAUUUUCGAUGUAAUGGGCCCUUGAGACCCACAGGUGGGAGUUUAAGUGGGUCUUUGCGAAACUGAAUGGUUCCCCCAAUACAUUUUUCUAAAAUGUGCAAGAUUGUGGUGUGAAACCUGCGUGGUACAGUUAUGAAUAACAUUCAUAUGUUGUAUUGGUUAUGUUUUGCUUUUGUUUGUCUCAAUGAGUGUGUUUCAAAAAUGAUGCGGAAGCUGUUAACUUCCACAUUAUCAGGAUAGAUAGGCUGGGGGGGGUGACCUAAGUACAGUAUGUAUUUAUAGACCAGAAAAAGAGAUUUUCACUAUAUGGGAAGUUUACUACCUUUUUGUUUUGUUGUUUUUUUUCCUACUUCUCUGUCUUUACUGUAUUGAAAGUUUCAACUAGGCCUGGGUGAUUUGGCAAAAAAAAUGAUCACGAUAUAGUUUGUCAUAUCAUCAGAUCUCGAUUAUUAUCACAUUUUUUUUUUUUUACUGCCAGUUUUAAAGUAUCUGUUCUAAAAAAUAAAGAAACUAGGGAUUAGUUCAACAUUUUAUUAACAUACAAGGUAAAUAACAAAAAAUAAGAUACACUUAGAAAAAAAUAAAAACCAUUUUAACUCAACAGUACAACAAAUGUAGAUAAAUACUGAAUAAAACAGAGAACUAGUUUACAGUCCUGAGUGUUUUUGCAGGUAUGCAAGACCCAAAAUGAACAAAUCGCCCCCUCAGAGAUAAUGAAGACGCCUUAAGCUGUCUACAUCAGAUGAUGUAAAUGUAGAUGAUACGAUUGAUUGAUACUUUGGUCUGGUGGCUGCACUGCUAGUUGUGGUUAAACUGUUAAUGCUACUUGUACCGUCAGCAGUGACAGGCUGUUCAGACUCCGCUCGCAUUUUCACUCGGGAAGAACUUCUUCAACUGAUUAAACAGAUUUGUUGUGCUGCCGGUCUUUGAGGGCACCGACCGCCGACAUACCUUACACAUCAGUUUAAUUACUCUACGUCACUUUGGAGAUACCCGAACCACCGCAACACAACCAAUGUCAAAUAACUUCUCAACAAUAACAUCUUCGGAGGAUGACUCAAAGUCAUGGCUGGCAUCUAUUUUGCUGCCCUCCGUUCAGCGUUUAGCUCCAUGUUCGGUCAUUUUGUUUACUUAUCCAGCAAUUUACAGAUGCUCACAGCUGAUCAUUUCACAAUCAUCGAUCACGAUCAUUUUAUCGCUCAGUCCUAGUUUCAACUGCCUCUGGAUUGUUCAAUUGAAAAAGCAGAUCAGAAAUGUUCAUGUAAGAAAAUGAGAACUUUUUAAAAACCUUUUUAAACAUCUACAGGUUACUGCCAGCUUAUUGUCCUUGAAUAAAUGUGAAUUUUUCCUCCAAGCCAUAGCCCGUAUAUUUUGCAUUUUUUGUUAACCCACUCUCUCUCUCUUCAUUUAGGUGAUGGGCACGUCUGAUUAGUUAGCGAGAUCCGAGCCAGUGAAUACCCGUGGAGCUCUGCGCUGACACUUGAUUGACAGCUGCGUCUCCAGUUCAACUCCCUCUGUGCGCCACAAUCUCCACCAGUACUGGGACUCUGAAGGAACGACAUCGCUGAGGGACUAAACACCUCCAGCACACACUCCCCCAGCCAGGCUCCUCCAGCACAUCACCUCACCCUUACCUCCCCACGAGGGAGAGAACAGCAGCCAGCAUGGUGCUGUCACAGAGACAAAGAGAUGAACUGUGAGUGGCUGGAUGUAAAUAUGCGGGUGUGCCGGCUCAUUACACAUGCAAACAAGAGCAGACAUGUAGACAAACAAGCACAUACUGCUCAAAAGGUGUCACAGUUGUAUGUUUGAGCUUUCAAGGAAUAUUCCCGAAAUCUGACCAAAUGCAAAUCAAAUGUUUUUUCAUGUCUUGAAAGAAAACAUUCAAAGAGGUUAACGCAGAUAUUGUGACAAAGUUUCUUCUUUUACACGACUAGAUUAUAACUGAGGAGAUGUGAGAAGAAAAUAAGUUAGAGGUGAUAGCUACUCAGUGAAUAUUUCAUAACCCACAUGACAAGAGUGGAGAAGUUGAGGGGGAUGGGGAGAGGGAGGAUCAAAAUGAUGGUUCAUGUGAGCAGCCUUGUACAGAAACAUCCCCUUGUGUGCACUCCAAACCAGUCAGCCAAAAAAAAAAACAUAUUUCCCUCCCUAUGAUCUCAAUCAGACAUGACCUGCUAUUAAGUUUUAACAGUAUUAAGGCAAAAAUGUGUUGUUAUUAUGAUUACAACUCUUAAAUGUGUUAAUAUAAGACAGUGGUUCUCAAGUCCAGUCCUCGAGCGCCCCCCCCCCCCCAGCUCGUUAUUCAGCCAUUACAGAGCUUGAUAACGAGCUAAUCAUUUGAAUCAGGUGUGUUGGAGCAGGGAAACAUCCAAGAACAAGUACUUGAAACAUUAGAAACAUGCAUAGUAAGUUAAAACAGUUAAAUAAACUUCAGAUUUGUAUUGAUUUUAAUAGAUGGAAUUAAUCUAUCUGCUUCUACUACUACCAUCAGUAGUCUCAAGUAAUGCUGUAUUGAUUCUUUUAAUUUAUAGUUUUUGCACAAAAAAUGAGCGUCUCUGUGGUGGUCAUUUCAGUGUCUAUUGUCUGGUCUACCUGGUGACCAGCACAGCCACAACCACCUUGUCAAACAGUACAGGCUAGUGGCUGAGGCUGCCAAUGAUGAUACAGUAAAUACACAGUCUGAGUGCUCGGACAAAGACACAGGGUGCAGCAGGAGUUCAUACCAUAUUAGCGGUAUGAUGAAGAAUAUUAGUGGUUCUGAAACCAUGACCAGUUAACCAUGGCGUACCUUGAAACGGUGAACUGGUCCAUGUCUAAUCUCAGUGUGUCACUCAAGAAAUCCAUCCUGCUCUUUCCCUGAUAAGUUUUAAAAGUAUUUUGCUAAUUCAGCGCAAAUUCUGCUGCCAGUGAUGGUCGAGAGUUCAAUGUGUAUAACACAAAGUUGUAUCAGGGUCACAAUUAGUGGCCCUUUAAAGUUGUCCUCAAGCUGUAGCCUAAAUUUAGCACCGCAGUUCAUGAAAUAUUUACCGCUUAUUUCAUGAAAGAGCUGUUCCUCUCAGAACUGUGUCUUUGUCUGUGUUUUUGUGGCAGUCUGUGCUCUUUGUGCUUAAGGUUGUGUAUUCUCGUGCUUUUGGUCACCCUGUCCGUCAUCUGUUCUUGCUUUCUGACAAGACUUGGUUUCCAUAGCUGCAUGUAUCUCCAGUCCAACAACUCAGUUACCUAGUGAUUUUGUUCACAUGUGUUGUUUUCUUUGCUCAAGAAUAGAACUUGCUCUGAUUUGCUGACAUUCAAGGUGGAAAUUUAAAAUGCCAGUGUGGGCGGAGGCUGCUUUUUUUAGGGAGGAACCAGCACUUCUGAUGAGGUGGAGCAGUACUUAAUCAGUGACAAACUCAUUUGACUUUAUUCAUGGCGCGAUAACUGAGACUCUGGUUUAUGUUUUGAAUUAAAGGCAGUCUAGAUGAGUUUGUUUUAUGAUUUUCAAGGGACACAUAAAUGGGACCAUAAAUGGUGACAAGUUAACACCUGAAACCUGAAAACUGUUUGUAUGACAUAUUUUACAGAAACCGAGCUAUAGCUGACUAUCUCCGAUCCAAUGGAUACGAGGAAGCCUAUUCCACCUUUAAAAAAGAGGCAGAGUUAGAUAUGGUAAGAAAGAAACGCUCGAUACAUGCUAGAAAUCUUGUGAAUUUAUAUUGAUCGAGAAGAGUGUAAAUGCCUUUCCUUGUGUCUGUUUCAUCUUGAUUCACAGAAUGAAGAGGUAGACAAAAAGUAUGCAGGGCUUUUGGAAAAGAAAUGGACCUCAGUCAUCAGAUUACAGAAGAAGGUAAGGCUAAUAGUGCGUUCGAGUUUCCUCAGAAGUCAGAAGUCCAAGCUGAAGAUGACGUCACACCUGAGUUCCCAGCGUUUCAGUUACCAAGUCAGGGGAGGAAACAAGAUGGCUACAUCUGCAAAAUUUAUUUUAGCGCUUGCCUUGUCCGAAAUAUAAUGCAAGCACUAAAAUAAAUUUGGUAUAUGUAGCCAUCUUGUUUCUGCCUCCGAUUUGCUUUUUUCCGACUUGGUAACUGAAACGCUGGGAACUCUGGUGUGACGUCAUUUUCAGCUCCAGUUGCGCCAGUGAACUUGCUUGGUUUUUGGCUGCUGGACGAAGGGUUUAGUCAGACCCUGUGAAAAAUGUUUGUUUACAUAAAAUCAUAAAUUAAUAUUCUUGAUGGCCAUUCUCCAUCACCCAUCUAGAGAAACAAUUUCAACUACUUGGAAUUCUGAACUAUUAGAUGAUGGGAGAAAAACAUCAAAUUGGCCACAAUCAAGUAUUUUUAAUCGAGAUGUGCCUCUGUUGCUUGUUCUUAGGUGAUGGAAUUGGAGUCCAAGCUAAACGAGGCAAAGGAAGAAAUGACACAUGGAGGACCUGUGGGUCAGAAGAGGGACCCCAAGGAGUGGAUCCCCCGUCCCCCAGAGAGAUACGCACUGAGUGGGCACCGUGCUCCAGUCACACGUGUCAUAUUCCACCCUGUCUUCUCUGUAAUGGUCACAGCCUCAGAGGAUGCCACCAUCAAGGUUUGUGUCAUUACAAACAUCAAAACUCUCUGAGAUAUAAGUGCAUUCAUAUGCUCACUCUGCCCCCUCCUGCUCAAUGUAACAGACACUCACGCUGUGCUGAAUUUCACAGUUGUAAUGUCCCUCCAGGAAAUGUUUGGAUUUCUGUCAGAACUCUCUUCAACGGAGCUGUUGGUUAGAGAGUUCAGCUGGUUGUGUUAGAUCUGAGUCUACAAAGUUACAACAGCUGAAAACAAAGUUUCACAUAAAAGACAGAGUGAUCAACAACAAACUCCAGAGCGUGAAGUUCAGCGGUCUUUUGAACAUCUAUACUUUAAAAAUUUCUACAUAUACUCUUAACAAAAUGCAGUUUUGACUUUAAAAAAAUUCUAUGGAAAAAGUUACUAUUUUACUUAAUAUCAACUCCAUUAAUCCACCAUUAUUUAAUGCAUCAGUUUGACCAUGAAGAGGUUCCUAUUAUAAGUCUGUGCAUUUUAAAAUUGAAUCUGAAUUUUUGAGCUCCUUUUUCCUUUUCUUAGGUUCACUCACUGUAAUGUCUUUGAGAUGUCUUCUCUAAAGUACGCAGUGCUGCUGGGUGUAAACUUAAAGCGACAGAUUGAUAACUGCAUGCAGCGGCGUUUAAAAGAGAGAUCAGCGGGCAUUGCAGCACAACAUGACCGAGCGUCUGCAGCUCUGACCCUUCAGAUCAAAGCUCUACUGCAGAUCUGAGGCUAUUCUCCCUUUUUAUCCUCAGUGCUCCUGCUUCGACAGACCCUCACCCCCCCCAACCCCACAUCCUUUCUAUUCCUCACGCUCCCUCUCUCCCUGCUUUCCCUCCUUCCUCCCCGUGUUUCUUUUUCUGCUUUGUCACUGCUCAUCUACGUGGAGAUGGGUUGAUGCAUUUGUUGUCUGAGACAAACCCUCCCGAGGAAAAGCACCUCGGAAAACUUGCAAAAUGGUUUCCUUUUCAGCCAAUGCCUACUUUUUGUGGGUUUAACUAAUUCAGCGUGUGUUAGAUAUUUGUGAUUUGAUGAUGGCUUGAAGCAUUUCCCUGAGAAUCCAUCAGAGAUGUGAUUCUGUCUUUAAUGAAAGUGAGAAGCUCAGAAGCACAUGCAGGCUUACUUGAGGGAACAGACCUUUUAUUCCAUGCUCAUGUUUGCAAUGAACUCAGCUUGUUGAUUUGAAAUUAGCAGCGGUGAGUCAUGUUAGCUGGUUGUGUUUAUUUGCUGAGCUGUGCAUUUACUUUAGAGGACAAGACAAUGCAGCAAAAGACACAGUCAAGACAGUGGGAAUAAUUGAUGCGGUCAUGAUUUGCAAUUAUUUCUUUGUGUCCCUUUUACUUGUAACCAGCUUUUAUGUCGGGUUCAGAAUUUAGUUCAUAUUUAAAUAAAUCAGUGCUAUUAACGGUGAACUUUUCCUGUGCGGGCUACUUGGAAAGACCAGCUGCAGUAUAGUCUGUCUCUUUCUCUCUCUUCCUCUGUCCCACCCCCACGCUGAUCAAAACCCAGCCCGACCGAUAUGUUUUUUUUUUUAUGGCCGAUGCCGAUAUCGAUUAUUAGGCGGGGGGGGGGGGGGGGGGGGGUCAGUUUUAUUCUCUGUCUUGAUUUAAACGAGGGGAACAGGUCGUCUUCAUUCUUAAGUCUGAAGUCCCUCAUUGUCUGUCAUUGUCUGUGGUUUUAGGUGUGGGACUACGAGGCAGGAGACUUUGAGCGAACCUUGAAAGGCCACACGGACUCCGUGCAGGACAUCUCUUUUGACCAGACCGGAAAGCUGCUUGCUUCGUGUUCAGCUGACAUGAGCAUCAAACUUUGGGACUUUCAAGGGUUUGAGUGCAUCCGAACAAUGCACGGUAAGAGAGAUUUUUUAGAAAAUAACAACAUUGCACCACAGAGACAGUAACUGAAAUCAGAUAAUAUCUUGACACAGUAACUUUGGACAUUUGUCUGUUGGUAUCAGUAUCUUGUUGAACUUGGACCAGUGACACGACUAAACUCUCUGCUGUGUCAUCCAGGCCACGAUCACAACGUGUCGUCUGUAGCCAUCAUGCCAAAUGGUGACCACAUAGUGUCUGCCUCUAGAGACAAGACCAUUAAGAUGUGGGAGGUGGCCACCGGGUAAGUGAAGAGGAGUCUUCACAACUCUCUCUUGGUUAUAUCGAUGUGUGUUGAUGAGCUUCCACAUUUUAUCUGCGGUCUUCUGUCUGCAGGUACUGCGUGAAGACAUUUGCAGGCCACAGGGAGUGGGUGAGGAUGGUACGUCCCAACCAGGACGGCUCAUUGAUCGCCAGCUGCUCCAACGAUCAGACAGUGCGUGUCUGGGUGGUGGCCUCAAAGGAGUGCAAAGCUGAGUUGCGGGAACAUGAACAUGUGGUAGAGUGUAUCUCCUGGGCCCCUGAAUGUGCUCAUCCCACCAUCCUGGAGGCCACAGGUUCAGAGGUAUAAUAUCUUGACCAUCAAUAUCCUUACUGAUAAAGAUAUUGGUGUGUUUCUAUUAUUAGCAGCAUUUCCCCACCUUUUCACAAAGAUUGAAAUGUUUGUACCAGAAGCACAACAGCCUCAUAAGAACUUGUGUUUCAGCCUUUCAUGAUGUCUUUCUUUUCUGCAGAGCAAAAAGAGUGGAAAACCUGGCCCCUUCCUCCUCUCUGGAUCCAGAGAUAAAACUAUUAAGAUGUGGGACGUCAGCAUCGGCAUCUGCCUUAUGACCCUGGUAAGUAGUGAUGAAGUGAUGGUCUCAACCACAGUCACAAUGCUGCAGCUCGUGUUCGAGGGGAUUGGUGGUUAAUCAGUCUUUUUUGUUCAGGUGGGUCACGACAACUGGGUGCGCGGGGUACUGUUUCAUCCUGGUGGAAGAUUUAUAGUGAGCUGCGCCGAUGACAAAACCAUUAGGAUCUGGGACUACAAGAACAAACGCUGCAUGAAGACCCUGUGUGCCCAUGAACACUUUGUUACCUCUCUGGGUAAGAUGGGAAGCGAUUUUGCACCUCCGACCUGUUAAAUAUUCAAAGUUGGCCAGUGUUGAAUCUGUACAGACACACAGCCUGUAUCAGACUUCUAUAAGCUUCUUGUUUAUCUUCAGUGCAGGUUCCCUAAACAGUCGUUUACAUCUCUUACAGAUUUCCACAAGACUGCUCCCUACGUGGUGACGGGCAGUGUCGAUCAGACAGUCAAAGUCUGGGAGUGCCGUUGAGGCUGCCUCCAUCCCUCAUCCUUUCCUUCCUCUGCCCUAAGCUCCAAACAAAUCUAAAGCCCCCUCCCCUCCCUACCCUCCUCUUUACCCUCGCCUUCCUCCUCCUCCUCCUGUCCUUACACCCAACCAAACCUCUCACCUCUUGCACUCCAAACCAUAGCUGACCAUGGCGCUUUACCUUCUUCCCAUCCUCUUGCCUCGCUCCCCUCUCCUUCUUUCCUCCUCUACAUCGGUCCAGCCCUAUUAAGAUGACUAUUGUCCUUUUAUGUAAAUUAUUCUGGAUGUAGGGUACGCUUAAUAAAUGUCACGCAAUCUCUGACACAUAAACACACUCAAAGAUAAGAAGUAUUCCUUGCAUGGUAAUCAAACAAAAAAAAAAUUGUAUACUGUUAAAUUUGCCGAAUUUGCAUACUGUUGUCAUCACUUCCUGUCGGGUCAAAGGGUAAACAUCUUUGUGUGCUGGCGCAGGUGAUUUUGGUUAGCUGACUGACUGACUGCACCCCUCGCUGAAGGGGUUUAGUUUUUAUGUUCUGCUUGGUUUUACUCCAUGCUUCCAUUGUCGUGGUCUGUCACUGCAUAGAUGGUGAAAGAGAAGGUGUAAGGGAAGUAAACAUGGGAAAAAAAACGAGUGAAAGCUAUCCAGGAGAAGAAGAAGAGAAAGAAAAUUGAAGAAAACUAACCAACCAGGAUGCAGCUCCCUAUUUCGAAUCACACAAGGUUCUGUGGGCGAGUGCGCGUGUACAUGCGUGUAUACAUUGUGUGAGUGAGUGUGUGUUUGUAUAUUACGACAGGAGAAUCUCUCCGCCGCCUCUGCUCUGAAGGUCAGAGGAGAGAGAGAGGAGGCAAAGCUUCUCACCCACUGUGUUCAUUCAUACUACUACAUCUCUUCUAAUAAAACUUGCUUUCUAGUAGACACUCACAGGACCUUAAUGAUCCUUAAGCUGCUGAGAGCACAGGCACACGCCCCAUAGCAAAAGUGUGUGUUUUUCAGAGGAAAAAGUCUGCUCACCUUUUCUGAGGUUUGUAUGUGUGUGUAUGUCAGCCCAGAGAAAAUCGCCCCGUGCCCUCUUGCUCGCUAUCUCUGCCUUGUUAACCCACUGAGGGCUCCCUCACACGGGAUUUUCAUUCUGCUUUCUGUGGUCUCACUGCUCUUUACACACACAUACACAUACACUCACAAAUGCACAUACACGCACAGUAAAAGUUGUGUAUCAAUAUAUCUGGAUGUCAUUGUUUGCAACAUAAUGAAAUAAAAUUCUGUAAAUAUAAGUUA